CUCUCUACCUUCUGCCCCACCCCGAAAGUGAUCAGGUGCAUGACCAACACCCCUGUGAUUGUCCGGGAAGGUGCCACAGUCUAUGCCACCGGGACUCACGCGGAUGUGGAGGAUGGGAAGCUCCUGGAACAGCUGAUGGCCAGUGUGGGCUUCUGCACCGAGGUGGAGGAGGACCUGAUAGAUGCUGUAACGGGGCUCAGCGGCAGCGGCCCUGCAUAUGCGUUCACCGCCCUGGAUGCUCUGGCGGAUGGGGGAGUGAAGAUGGGACUUCCCCGCAGGCUGGCUGUUCGGCUGGGAGCACAGGCGCUGCUGGGUGCUGCCAAAAUGCUGUUGGAAUCUGAGCAGCAUCCCGGUCAGCUGAAGGACAACGUCUGCUCCCCCGGGGGAGCCACCAUCCACGCUCUGCACUUCCUGGAGAGCGGCGGCUUCCGCCCCCCCCCCAUCAAGUUCCGCUCCCUCCUGAUCAAUGCCGUGGAGGCUUCCUGCAUCCGGACCAGGGAGCUGCAGCAUUUGGCAGACCAAGAGCAGAUCUCCCCAGCAGCCAUAAAGAAGACUUUGCUGGAUAAGGUGAAGCUGGAGUCUCCUUCUCUGUCCGUGUCGUCUGCCAGCAGAGUCAGUCUGUUCGUGAAUAAGAGCCCCAGCAGCAAGAAGAACUGACCAGGCUGCUGUAGUCCGGCCGUGCUGGACAUCAGUCCCCUUGAUGCCCCUUGUUUUUUG